UAGAGAGUGCUGCCUGAGGCCCCUUCAGAGUCGGGCUCGUGGCCACCUCUGGCUGAGGCAGGUUAAGGGGGACGCAGGCAAUGGUUCCCGCGCUGCGUUACCUGGGCAGUGCUUGCGGAUGGGUCCGCGGGGGAUUCCCCGGGGGCUUCUCCGCGGCGUGGGGGCCCGCGCCGGGGAGGCACAGGCCGCUGUGCCAGGGUGGCCGCAGAGCCAGCACCAGCUCAUUUGAUGUAGUCAUUAUCGGUGGCGGAAUUGUGGGGCUUGCCUCUGCCAGAGCACUCAUCCUUCGACAUCCAGCACUUUCCAUUGGUGUUCUGGAAAAGGAGAAAGAUUUAGCUAUUCAUCAGACUGGACAUAACAGUGGUGUCAUACAUAGUGGAAUUUAUUAUAAACCUGACUCUCUGAAAGCUAAAUUAUGUGUACAAGGCGCAGCCCUCCUCUAUGAAUACUGUAACCAAAAGGGAAUUUCCUACAAGCAAUGUGGCAAGCUUAUAGUAGCUGUUGAACAAGAAGAAAUUCCCAGACUUCAGGCCUUAUAUGAGAGAGGCCUGCAGAAUGGUGUCCAGGGCCUGAGACUGAUCCAGCAGGAGGAUAUAAAAAAGAAGGAGCCGUAUUGUAGGGGUCUAAUGGCUGUUGAUUGCCCAUAUACUGGCAUUGUGGACUAUCGUCAGGUGGCUUUGUCAUUUGCCCAGGAUUUCCAAGAAGCAGGUGGCUCUGUCUUGACCAAUUUUGAAGUAAAAGAUAUCGAAAUGGCUAAAGAAAGUCCUUCAAGAAGUAAAGAUGGGAUGAAAUAUCCAGUUGUUAUAAGGAACACAAAGGGAGAGGAAGUUCAAUGUCGGUAUGUUGUGACCUGUGCAGGACUUUACUCAGACCGUAUUUCCGAGUUGAGUGGCUGCAAUCCCGAUCCUCAAAUUGUACCAUUCCGGGGAGAUUACCUGCUCUUGAAGCCAGAAAAAUGCUAUCUUGUAAAAGGAAAUAUUUAUCCGGUCCCAGAUAGCCGGUUUCCUUUCCUAGGAGUUCACUUCACACCAAGGAUGGAUGGCAGUAUUUGGCUAGGGCCUAAUGCAGUUCUUGCCUUUAAACGAGAGGGUUACAAACCCUUUGACUUCAGUGCCAGAGAUAGUAUGGAUAUAAUUACCAAGAGUGGCUUGAUUAAACUGGUGUUCCAGAAUUUGUCCUAUGGAGUCAAUGAAAUGUAUAAAGCCUGUUUUCUCAGUGUAACAGUGAAGUACCUUCAAAAGUUUAUCCCUGAAAUUACCAUCAAUGAUAUAAUUAGAGGUCCAGCUGGAGUAAGAGCCCAAGCCCUGGAUAGAGAUGGAAAUCUGAUAGAAGAUUUCGUAUUUGAUGGAGGAGUUGGAGUAAUUGGAAAUCGCAUUCUUCAUGUGAGAAAUGCACCUUCCCCUGCUGCUACGUCUUCCCUUGCAAUUUCUGGAAUGAUUGCAGAUGAAGUGCAACAAAGAUUUAAAUUCUAAUAGUGAAAGGAGCUAGGGAUCCUACAAACUUUUAUGAGGAUAUUUCUUCACUUUUGGAAAAUACCUAACUUUGAGGCGUUCACUGUAACCGCAAAAGUGCCUUAUGUUCACGUGUACUUCAUGAGUAUUUGAAAUUGCUGGCCAGUGCCAUACUGUAUCUAAGUGUAUGGAAUCUGUUGAAAAUAUUCUUGCAAUUCAGAAAGUUGGAAAAUAGAAAUAUAAAUGAAAAUAUGGCAGCCUACUGAGAGGGGAAACUUUUAUUACAGAACCACUAUUUAGAUGAGACAUUUUCAUCCAUUCCCUCCUGUAUACUCUUGUCAGGAUUAAUCUUCCACUCUUCAUUUUUUCUUUCCUCUUAUCACUCCAAAGCAGUGUGAUGGAUGAGUUAGAAGGAUAUGCAUUUUGGUUGAUAGGAAACAUUUUUCUGUUUUCUUCCUUUUCACUUCAAGCCUCGGUGAUUACAUUGAGUGAGCUACCUCAUCCACUAAUUGGAAAGGCAACACAUCAUCAGCUCAUGUUCAAGAAGUAACAUAUCCCAAGUAAAUAGACUAGGCAAUUAUUCAAAACUUGGGUGAGCAUUUUGAAAGCCUUCAGAAACCAUUCACAGAAGAAACAAGCCCUAAUGGUUCUUCAUAACAGCUGAUUCCUCCAAGAAAUGUGACACAGGAUAUUUUUCUGUUCCAUUACAAGAUUACUAAGAGAUGGAAAAUAUUACAAUUCUCUAUUUCAUCAACAGUAAGAUUAUAUAUGCACUAAGCUGUGAAAGACUGAAAUUACAAAAAUAAUUGUCUUAAUUAAAGCAACCCUCAUUCUAUGUGGGUCUGUACUAUACCCCCCAAAAAAUACAAGUGAAAAAAUUAUUGCAAGUGUUUUGAAUGUGUAGGUUAUUCUGUUUGUAAAACAUUUUGUAUUUUAUGUCAAUAGGGUUUUGUUGUGUAAUACUGAUAUAAGUUUUUUAAGUUUUGUGUAUUUCUGAGAGAAGAAAAUGUAUAUUACUAUUAAAAAUAUUUUGAUGA